AUGAAGGGCUGCACGCUGCUAAGCCAAAUCGCCACCAGCUGGGUCAUUGCCGGCGAGAUGCACCUGAUGCUGUGUGCCUUCGGCCGGAUAUUCCUGAAGAUGAACAUCCACGUGGCAAAAUCUGGCAGGCCGCCACAGCUGGAAGGGCAGCUGAAGAAGAUCUUGAGACGGAAGGUCAAAAUCAGCAACAACCUGCUCGUCUCAACUAGAUUCGACCUGCAGCACCGAGACCUGUCCCUGAACACCCUGAACAUGGGACUGCCUGUGGAGGAGUGGCGCGCCGAUCUGGCGGCGGCGCGGCUGGCGCUGCAGCACGUCAACCGGCGCCGCCUGGUACCCGGCUACCGGCUACGGCUGAUCACCAACAACACCAAGUGCAGCCCCGGGGUCGGGGUGGAUGCUUUCUUCCACGCGCUGCACACUCGCCAGUCAAGCAAGAUGAUCGCACUGCUAGGCACCGGCUGCUCAGAGGUGACCGAGCAGCUGGCCCAGAUCGUGCCCUACUGGAACAUACUGCAGAUGUCGUUCGGCUCUUUCUCACCGGCGCUCAGCGACCGUACAUCAUUCCCUCUGUUCUUCCGCACGUCUCCGCCAGAGUCGGCCCACAACCCUGCACGACUGGCCUUCGUAGCGUACCACAAGUGGGACGCUGUCGCAACUCUCAGCCAAAACUCGGACGAACAUACGCUGGCGAUCAACGACUUGGUCACCGAACUGGAAAACAAUAACAUCACGUUGCUGGCAACAGCGACAUUCGACAUCAACGACUACCAAGAACAGCUGCAAACACUCAAGGAUCGAGAUGUCCGAAUCAUCAUCGGGAGUUUUGCUCCGUCAAUAGCGCGCAGGAUCUUUUGUGAGGCGUACCGGCUGGGCAUGUACGGCGACGACUACGCCUGGCUGCUGUACGGUGGCGUGGCGGAGCGCUGGUGGCGCCGGCCGAGGCUCAACUUCACCGGCGUCUCGGUAAGAGCCCGCCGGUGCAGCGGCUCGACCACUCAGUUCAACUUCACCGGCGUGUCGGGACCAGUCAGCUUCAACGGGGCCGAUCGCAGGGGUCUCAGCGCCUUCUAUCAGCUACGAGGUGAGAGGGUCAAGUCGCCCGUGCGAAGCGGCAGCAACCCGCACCUGAAGUGA